AUGUGCUUACUGUCUGAUUCAUGGGAAAAGGAGAAUACCGAGGACAUUGAGUUUGUUAUCGCAAACAGGGAAUCCUCUGAAGUAGCCUUGACAAAGUGGACGCUGGACAGUUUCUGCUUAGCUCUGAAUUCACGACAAAAAGUUCAAAAUUAUCGCGAUCACUUUGCUCGAAAUUCUUUGGCUUCAAGAGAUUUUUUGACAUUUUUCUUCCUUGUUCUACUUAGGGUAAUUAAACAAAGGCAGUAUUUUACUCCAAUAAUCACUGAAAGUGAACUUUCAUCAAUCCAAGCCGUUGAAGGUAGUCACUGCCUUCUCUUGGGCACAACGCAGGAUCAACUCUUACUGUGGAAUCACAAGACAUGCCAGGAGUUACGAACCAUAAGUCUCCGUACCCAAGGUCUUGGUCAGUUGUUUUGCCUUAAAGCGUCUACUGAAAGGGGGCUUCUUUUUCUUAUGAUGGCUGGUCGAUCAGGAAAGGAAAUUCAAUGUGGAGAAAGAAAUUAUUCUUGUUUGUUACUUGCUUUGAAUCCAAAAACAUCCCAAAUGGUAUGCCUGGAACGCUUUUUUCCAAUAGAUGGGUUCCACACGAUAGGCACUAACGGUCAGUAUAUCGCAGCAGGAGGUCAGGCCACAGGUGAGGUGAACCUGUGGAACAUCACCAAAAGUCGAAGGCUUGCUUCGAUGAAAGUGUUUCAAGAUAAAGUGAGCAGUGUUGCAUUUCAUCGGGACUGGCCUGUUGUAGCCUUUGGUAGUGCCAGUGGCUGUGUUCAUUUGUUCUCUAUUGGUUGAAGACAAGCUGGCUACUCUCCUGAAAACUCGAAAAACUGAACCGAAUUGCAAAUAUGUUUGGAAGUUAUUUUGGGUAUCAAAAUAUUGGUUCUGACACCACUUUACUUCUACUGAAUUGACAUACAUUUGAUAAAAUGUAAAACUGCCAAGUUUAUUAGAAAUGUGAAGGAGAUAGGCCAUACAUUAGUUUUGCAAAUAUAUCCAAUAUAAAUUUAUAUCAUCAAUUUAAAUAAGAAAAAUACUCGAGCUUUUUGGUGUUGGGAUAAUAAAAGGAAAAAAUAAUAUUAAUGUUUUCUGUAAACAGAAAAUGGUGACCACCACUUAUCAGUAUUUAAAGCUGUAAUCGAGUAGUUCAUUCUUGGUUUAAUAUUGUUUUAAACUCUGAGAAAUCAGUGCCAUGUAACUCCUUGUAAUUCAGAUCAAAACAGUAAACAGCGGACAGUUGAUGAAAAUAGAAAAAACUUCUGAUCGAAAAGGUGUUAUCGCGA